GACAAUCAGAUACAAUAUCAGGGAUCUUCUGGUAAGGCUUCUGGCUACCAUUAGUUCUGAAUAGAGAGGAUUUGACGAGAAAAAUGGCUGUGGUGCCUCGGUAGUGGAAACAACUGGACACAGUGCCAUGCCAGCGGCCACCCAUAAUGCCUCGGAAGUGGCCACCCACAAUGCUUCAUCAAGCGUAACGACUGGCCUAAAUACCUUAGCUGAAGCAACUGGCCACAAUGCUUCAUCAAGCGCCAUGACUGGCCCAAAUGCCUUAGGUGAAGCAGCUGGCCAUAGUGCCUCGGCAGCGGAAGCAACUGGCCACAGUGCUGCGCAAGCUGCCACCCAGAAUGCCUCUGGAAGUGUGGCAACCGGCCCAAAUACCUUAGGUGAAGCAACUGGCCACAAUGCUUCAUCAAGCGUCACGACUGGCCUAAAUACCUUAGCUGAAGCAACUGGCCACAAUGCUUCAUCAAGUGCCACGACUGGCCCAAAUGCCUUAGGUGAAGCAACUGGCCAUGGUGCCUCGGUAAUGGAAGCAACUGGACACAGUGCCAUGCCAGCGGCCACCCAUAAUGCCUCGGAAGCGGCCACCCACAAUGCUUCAUCAAGCUUAACGACUGGCCUAAAUACCUUAGCUGAAGCAACUGGCCAAAAUGCUUCAUCAAGCGCCACGACUGGCCCAAAUACCUUAGGUGGAGUAACCGGAUCCCGUGCCUCAGAAGCAGUCACCCACAAUGCCUCAGCAAGUGUCACAACUGGCCCAAAUACCUUAGCUGAAGCAACUGGCCACAAUGCCUCAGCAAGUGUCACAACUGGCCCAAAUACCUUAGCUGAAGCAACUGGCCACAAUGCCUCAGCAAGUGUCACAACUGGCCCAAAUACCUUAGCUGAAGCAACUGGCCACAAUGCUUCAUCAAGCGUCACGACUGGCCUAAAUACCUUAGCUGAAGCAACUGGCCACAAUGCUUCAUCAAGUGCCACGACUGGCCCAAAUGCCUUAGGUGAAGCAACUGGCCAUGGUGCCUCGGUAAUGGAAGCAACUGGACACAGUGCCAUGCCAGCGGCCACCCAUAAUGCCUCGGAAGCGGCCACCCACAAUGCUUCAUCAAGCGUCACGACUGGCCUAAAUACCUUAGCUGAAGCAACUGGCCAAAAUGCUUCAUCAAGUGCCACGACUGGCCCAAAUACCUUAGGUGGAGCAACCGGAUCCCGUGCCUCAGAAGCAGUCACCCACAAUGCCUCAGCAAGUGUCACGACUGGCCCAAAUACCUUAGGUGAAGCAACUGGCCAUGGUGCCUCGGUAAUGGAAGCAACUGGACACAGUGCCAUGCCAGCGGCCACCCACAAUGCUUCAUCAAGCGUCACGACUGGCCUAAAUACCUUGGGUGACAUAUCCGACCCAAGUGCCUCAGCAGAAGCAGCAACCCAUAAUACCUCAGAAAGUGCCACGACUGGCCCAAAUGCCUUACGUGAAGAAGCUGGACACAGUGCCUCGGCAGCGGAAGCAACUGGCCACAGUGCCAUGCAAGCGGCCACCCAUAAUGCUUCAUCAAGCGUAACGACUGGCCCAAAUACCUUAGGUGAAGAAACCGGCCACGGUACCUCAUCAAGUCGGUACCUCAUCAAAUCUGGUUCAAAUUCCUCGGCGGAAGCCACAGGCGCCCUUGCCUCGGCGGAAGCCACAGGCGCCCUUGCCUCGGCGGAAGCCACAGGCGCCCUUGCCUCGGCGGAAGCCACAGGCGCCCUUGCCUCUGCGGAAGCCACAGGCGCCCUUGCCUCGGCGGAAGCCACAGGCCUUGAACAGGAGAGCCAACUCCUCAAGCAACAUGGAUUUUAGCAGCAGUGGUGUUUCUCAGGAUUUUGGGUCUGAUGGUGACAAUGAAAGCACCCAAUGUCUCAGCUCCAGCAGCGUUCAAGGCAGCAUCGUUGAAUAGUCAGUUCUCAUCCCAAUAUAUUUACAAAUCUGUGUAUGAGAAUGGCAAAAAUGUCUACUCCCAAACCUGCCACACCACUGGGGAGGUUAUACCCUUUUGAUAGCGGAGAUACUCUCAAGGACUGUAGUGACGUUGGCAUCUCUGAACCAAGCAUAUCCCCACCUGCUAAAAACUCACAACCUGCUAAAGGAGCCCUGCCACAAGGGAAGUCUACUGGGAUGUAAUGUGCAACUUUUACACUCACCUGCACUUUGCGUUCUGAUUUAGAAAUCAUUUGUACUAAUCAUCUAUCAACAGAAUUGCAAUGGUAGAUUCAUCCUUUAGAUGACAAAUCCAAGUUGUUGCUGACACUUUCUUUAAGCUUCCACUGUAUGCUUUUGCGUCGGCCAGGGAGAUGCUGCCGCUCAUGCUACCCUGCAUUACUUGUAAAACAAUAAAAUAUUGUACCUUAA